AUGGGCAUGGAGGAUCCGGCCAUGAAUGACCAUGUGAUCAAUCCAGGACAGCCAACGCAUGCGGCGGUACAUGAUCCGGGUGAUAGCGAGCAGUUCGCCGCGGAGGAGAUGAUCGUCGUCUCCGUCGAUGUCGUAAAGAAUAACGCACUUGAGGUGGGGAUAUUCAUGGCCCGGACUAUUGAUGUCUACGAUCCCAGCCCCCUCCCACUGGCCAUCGUCCUCGUCGAACUCCCAAAGGAAAAGACGUUCUGCAGUGCUGUCGGUUGUGAAUGUGAGAAAACGUAA